GACGUCAUCAAUCACUUCCCGUUACAGUCGAAGUACGGAAGAGAUAGCACGUAAACUUUCCCAUAAGAUUCAUUUUUAGGUUGGUUCUAUUCGCAAGUGCGGUCAUCAUAAAGUAUGGCGUAUCAAGGAUAUAACAAUUUUGGUGGAUCACCAAUGCCAGGAGUUCCUGCUCAGGGUAUGGCAAUGCCAGGAGUUCAUGCUCAGUGUAUGGCAAUGCCAGGGGUUCCUGCUGCAGCUGGUUACCCAGCACAGCCAUAUGGGGGUUACCCUGGGGCAUUUCCUGCUCAGGACCCAAUGUGGGGCUAUUUCACAGCAAUCGCUGGUCAGGAUGGUGAAGUUGAUGCUGAAGAACUUCAAAGGUGCCUCACCCAGGCUGGAUUCAGUGGCACCUACACUCCCUUCAGUUUGGAAACCUGCAGGAUUAUGAUUGCCAUGCUGGAUAUAGAUUACACUGGAAAGAUGGGUUUCAAUGAGUUUAAAGAACUCUUUGCAGUGCUAAACGGCUGGAAGCAGAACUUCGUAAUGGUGGACAGGGACCGCAGUGGAACAGUGGAACCUCAUGAGAUGUCUCAGUGCAUUGCUAACAUGGGCUUCCGAAUCAGCCCUCAGGCUCUGAACGCAAUCAUCAAACGUUACAGCAGGUCAGGAAAGAUCUACUUCGAUGAUUAUGUGGCCUGUUGUGUGAAGCUAAGGGCACUUACAGACAACUUCAGGAGGAGAGAUACUAUGCAGCAAGGAAUGGUGAACUUCCAGUAUGAUGAUUUCAUCUUGUGUACUAUGUCUCUCUAAAGGGAGUUACAGACAAGUACAGGAUGCACUCCAGGAAGAGCACCAAAUCACUGAAAGUCCAGAGAAAUAUAUAUAAACUACUAUUUAUAUAUAUAGUAUGGGCAUUAUGAAAUUAUUUGCUGAUUUGCCAGUAUGAUGUUUAAUAUAUGAACAUAGGAGUAAAACAUAUAUUGACUCAAAACAGCUUUCAAUAUUUGUGCCAAAGUAGACAGUUGUUUUUUUAACAAUCUUUUUCAUAUUCACUCUUUAUAACGUCAUUGUAUUAAGUUAAAAUGUAACCACAUUCAACACAUAUUUAGCCAAUUAAACAUCUUGUAUCUUAA